GGAAAAAUUAACAAGCUGUAACUAAAGUAGUCUGAUUUCUUAAGGUUUUAAAAGGUUGUCCAGAAUUGCAACCACCAUUUACAGACUUUAAUGUUGUGACUAAGCAUCAAAAAUAAGACAGUGGAUUAAAAAACACUCUUCUGCUUUUAUUUUUAACUACAGGAAACAAACUUCACUGCUGUUCUGAAUGUGGCAAAAAAUUCUCACUUAUGAGCGAUCUCCAGAACCACAAAAGCAUUCACACAGUCGAAAAGUCACUUUGUUGUUCUGUAUGUGGUGAACAAUUCUCUCAAAGGAGUGGUCUACAGAGACACAUCAGAAUUCACACUGGAGAGAAGCCGUAUGUCUGUACUGAAUGUGGCAAAAAAUUCUCGCAAAUUAGCAACCUCCAGAUCCACAAAAGGAUUCACACAGAUGAAAAGCCACAUUCCUGUUCUGAAUGUGGCAAACAAUUCUCACAAAUUAGCAAUCUCCAGAGACACAAAAGGAUUCACACAGGUGAAAAGCCACAUUGCUGUUGUGAAUGUGGGAAACGAUUCUCACAAAUUAGCAAUCUCCAGACCCAUAAAAGGAUUCACACAGGUGAAAAGCCAUAUUGCUGUUCUGAAUGUGGCAAACAAUUCUCUCACAGGAGCCAUCUUCAGAGCCACACAAGAAUUCACACAGGAGAGAAGUUGUAUUGCUGUAAUCAAUGUGGGAAAGAAUUCUAUCACCGGAGUAAUCUUCAGAGACACAUCAGAAUUCACACCGGAGAGAAGCCAUAUUACUGUAAUGAAUGUGGCAAACUAUUCUGUCACAAGAGUACUCUUCAGAAUCACACUAGAGUUCACACUGGAGAGAAGCCAUAUUGCUGUAAUGAAUGUGGCAGACAAUUCUCUUACAGGAACAGUUUUCAAAUCCACACAAGAAUUCACACUGGAGAAAAGCCAUACUGCUGUGUGGAAUGUGGCAAAAAAUUCUGUCACACGACUUCGCUGCAGAGACAUACAACAAUUCACACCGGAGAGAAGCCGUAUUGCUGUAGUGAAUGUGGUAAACAGUUUUCACAAAUAGGCAAUCUUCAGACACACACUAGAGUUCACAGUGGAGAGAAGCCAUUUCACUGUAAUGAAUGUGGGAAGCAAUUUUCAGGAAGAGGCCAUCUUCAGAGACACAUUAGAGUUCACACUGGAGAGAAGUCAUAUUGUUGUAAUGAAUGUGGUAAACAGUUUUCAGUACUGGCCAGUCUUCAGAAACAUGCUAGAGUUCACAGUGGAGAGAAGCCGUAUUGCUGUAAUGAAUGUGGGAAACAGUUUUCACAAAUAGGCAAUCUUCAGACACACAUUAGAGUUCAUACGAGAGAGAAGCCAUAUAUCUGUAACGAGUGUGGUAAACAGUUUUCACAAAACAGCAGUCUUCAGAAACAUACUAGAGUUCACACCGGAGAGAAGCCAUAUUGCUGCAAUGAAUGUGGUAAACAGUUUUCAGGAAGAGGCCAUCUUCAGAGACACAGUAGAAUUCACACCGGAGAGAAGCCGUAUCGUUGUAAUGAAUGUGGGAAACAGUUUUCACAAAUAGGCAAUCUUCAGACACACACUAGAGUUCACACCGGAAUAAAAACAGUAAGAGUUCAAAAAUCAAAGCCAUAUUACAGUUCUGACUCUCCCAAACCAAAAUCUCCUGGCCACGAAAGAAUUCCAAUCUGGGUGCCACCUCCAGACAUCUCGACGAGUACGUUAGAAGAGACAGAAGUCGAAACACACUGGCCUCAAUACUUAAGUCUUUGUGCACCUUAACAUGGUGGGCCUUGUUGGAUAAGAUGUAUACUCUGGGGCUACCAUCCCUUUGCCUUUGUGUACCACCCUGAAGAUUUUAAUUGUUCCGAGGUGCCUUCAUUUUAUUUUAGUCUUAAAUUGUUAAUUACUGAACUGUUAUUGGGUAAAACUAAAGGUGACAUUUCUUUUCCCACUCAAUAAAAGUUUUUCAGAGAGCUUUUAUAAGGUACUAGCAAUGGUGACCUGUCAAAGACGUGUUUUAGAAUGAAUUUCAAAAGGAUUUGAUAUGUUAUGACUGAUAGGCACUGACAGAGUGUGACCAGGAGGAGGUCACUUCAUCUGCUUGUGCUAAUAGUGGAAAAACAAAAGAAAUGUAAGCAAUUGUGUCUCAAAUGUUGUAAGUCGCCUUGGCAUCAGUCAAAUAAUAUUAAUAAUUACAAGAAAGUUUAGUUAAAUAACGCCCUCGGCCAAAAGGGGUUUCAUGUUUCCGAGAGACUUUGAAGUCUGCUCUCUUGAUUUACUUACAGUGUGCUUUCUUGUUUGUUGUUGUAAAUUGUUGUUGCUUUGAAUAAAUUACAAAAUACUGGAAUUCACCCGUCUGUCCUCUCCAGUCAUCUGACUGUGACUCCUGCACUCGGCUUUCUGUUUUAUGAACCCUGUGAAUUAGCACAUUUUUCAGAGGUCCCUGAGACCCCUCUUUUACAUGGUCCUUCAAGCCGGAAGCUAAAACGACCAACCUGAAAAUAAAGUGGACAAAGCAGUGAGUAUGGAGCAGCCUAACCUCAUCCCUAGUGAACUGAGCAUCAAUGCGGAAGAGAACACUUGGCCUGACAACCCCACAUUCAGCAAAACCUCAUCUCACACACCAUAGACAACCUGUCAGCGGGCGAUGCUAAAUCCUUUUGGCCAAGGCCACUAAGAGACGACAGGCCACGAGAGCACAAUUGUUAUAUGGUAGUCUGAUAGCAGUCACGGGAUAUU